UCCAGUAAAUCCCCUCUCUGUUGCCGUGGCAGCGGUGAGAGGGUUUUCGGCUGGUCGGUAAGACUUCAGCCUCGGCCUUUUCUACUUCUGUUGUUCUGGAUAUUUUGGGGGACUGGGAAACCUUUUCUACUGCCACCAACUGAGGGACAAGGGACAGUGAGCUGGCAAGAGGAAAGAUAAUGUUAAAGCCUGGAGACUGACAUAAGGAAAGGACAGAAGGGAUGUCUUGGGUUUGGUGAGCCAGCUGCAGGAUGAGGCCGGAGAAGAUGAGCGAAUAGAAGAGGCGAAGGAGGACUACCUGGGGCAGGAGGAGCAGGGACUCCAGCAGGCCCAGGUUGACCAUGUGGAGCUGAGAGUAGAUCUACAGGCACUGACUCAGCACAAUUCAGCUCUCAAAGAGGACCAGAGACUCCACGCCAAGCUGGAGAACUUAGAGCAGGUCCUCAAGCAUAUGCGAGAGGUCACAGAGAGAAGGCAGCAGCUGGAGCAGGAGCAUGAGCAGGCGUUGGCUAUCCUCACCUUCAAACAAAAUGAGGUCAAACGAUUACAGAGGGCUCAAUUUGCUGCUAAGAAAGAACAAGAGGGGGUUGUUCAGAUGCUGGAGAGUACACUGGACUGCAUGCAGGCAACAGUCCUGGAGCUGGAGGAGAAGUGCAGGAGCCAGAGCCAGCAGUUUUCCCUGCUGUCCCACGAGCUGGAGCGCUUCCGUCUGCAGACGGGAGAUGUACCCGAUGCGGAAUUCUAUCAGUUGAUCAACGGAGUCAGAGAGCCAGAGUUCACUUCUCAUGUAUCAAGGCCAGUGAGGCCGUCAUGGCCGCCAGCUCAUCAGCGCCGGGUGCUGCCACCUAUCAGCUCAAAACCAGGACCCACAGCCGCCUAUAGGCACCUCCCCCCAACGCCGGGGCCCCUCCCACUCCACACGCACAAAUCCCCAACAUCCUGUCAGGUUGUGGCUGCCAGAGAAGGUGGAACAGCAGCUGGAAAACCGAAAGUCUUCAUUGUCAGACACAGCUAUGAUCCAUACAACGGCCCCAACCACAGCCCAGAGGUAGAGCUUCCUCUCAGAGCUGGAGAGUACAUCUGUGUCUAUGGAGACAUAGAUGAGGAUGGCUUCUAUGAAGGUGAGCUGAUGGACGGAAGGCGGGGGCUGGUCCCGUCCAACUUUGUGGAGCUGGUUUCCAUCGAGGACAUAACAGGCCUUCCUCAGUCAUCGGUCAGCGACUUCUCAUACAACCGCCUGCAGCUCCACCCUGAAAGCCUGGAGAGGAGCGACCCUCCCCGCCCUGAGGAGGGCGUCCCGGGCAGGACCCAGGGCCUGAUGACUAACGGCUUUGACACGGACGCGGAGGAGCUGGCCGUGGAUUCAGUGCCUUACCCGCGGAGGCUGAGCCUGAUCAAGCAGCUGGCCAAGAGCAUCAUCAUCGGCUGGGACCCGCCGCUGGUGCCCGCCGGCUGGGGCAACGUGUGGAGCUACAACGUGUUCGUGGACGAGGAGCUGCGGCUGAACGUACCCUUCGGCGCACAGACCAAGGCCGUGCUGGAGCGCAUGGACGUCAACCUGAAGGCCUACCGGGUGUCGCUGCAGAGCGUGACGGAGAGAGGCAGCUCGGACAGCCUGCGCUGCACCUUCCUGGUGGGGCGGGAUGUCUGCAUGGCCCCCACCCAGCUGCGGGCCGAGCACGUCGCUGCCACCUCCGCCCACCUCACCUGGUUGCCCAGCAACAGCAGCUACACGCACACGGUGUCUCUGAAUGACGGAGAGCGCUGGCUGGUCAAGCCGGGGGGCUACUCCUUGUUGCUCAGCGACCUGAGGCCCCGGCAGCUCUACAGGGCCACGGUGGAAGCCAGGUCACACUGCACUCCCUGGGAACUCUCUCUGUACGGCCGACAGCACAGGAGUGCGGCUGUGACAUUCAGCACCCUGGCAUCAGGGCUUCCUUCCCCCCCGCUGGAGGUGCAGCUGGAGGCGGGGCCAAGCCCUGGCAUUGCCCUGGUCAGCUGGAUGCCCGUCGCUGCGGAUGCCGCUGGCACAUCAAACGGCGUCCCCGUGACCGGCUACACCAUCUACGCAGACAAGAAGAAAGUCCUGGAGGUGUCUUCACCCACAGCUGGCAGUGCGCUGAUGGGCCCCGCUCAGAUCCAAACGCUGCAGACUGCCCGAGAGCUGACAGUGCGGACCAUGUCGCCUCAGGGGGAGUCCCCCGACUCAGUGCCUGUCCCAGUCCUGCCCAACCUCACGGCCAUCACGGCGGGAGAGACUCUCGCUCGCCCGGGCAGAGCCACCGUCCCGGCCAUAAGCCCGCCCCUGGAUCUCUCUGCUGCCAAAAUGUCCACACUGCUCCACAGCCCAGCAGCAGACGCCCAGGCCCCCCUCCGCGGGGUACCCAGCAGUGCUUACAAAGCUAGAUCUACAGAUCGUGCCAGUGCUCUGUCACCGCAGGUCGGCUUGGCCUCCUCCUCCAUCGCUGUUCAGACGUUAGAGGCAGCCACAGGGCUGGGGAUGAGGGUUCCCACCAUCUCUGUCUCCGAGUUUCUGGAACACAUAGACUCUGGGGCUGAGCCCCACCCUCCCACAGGCCCCGCCCCCCUGUCUCCUCAGGAGGUGGGUCCUAAGUCAAACCCGCAGGACCCUGCAGACACCCACCCCCAAAUUCCCAUCUGUCCCCAGCUCUCACCCCUGGAGCCCGGGACAGAGGACGGGAGUUCCAGGCGGAGCACCUGGGCGAGGUCUGCGGACGAGUCUGCAGGCCAGCCCGAGCUCACUCCCCGGGAGCCCCGCCCCCUGAAGACACCGCAGGAGACCCAACAUGGCCGCUGUCUGAGUAGGGCUGGGGUGAGCUCUGACAUGUCCAACCUCCUGGAAAAGGAUGAGGGCCUCUGCUCUGACAUGCUAGGAGAGGAGUCUCAUGAAAGUACCAGAGAAGAUGACAAGACAGAGCCAUGGGAGACAGACAGUGAUGAGGAGGUUCUGGCCAGGAUACUGAGGGCUCAGGUGCCUGUCACCAAGGAGCUCUCCAGCAUUCCCGAGGUGACAGAGGAGGAGGACAGCUGCCAGGAAACUGAUGAGCGAGAGCGAUGGAAAUCUCCCCAAAUCUCCCCCAGGCACCAAGUGCCUGAGCAGGACAAGCCUGCAGCCACAAGCAGCCCAGUGCCCUGCCCCACAAUCCCAAAGAGUUAUACAUAUUGCUCCACAAUCUCGAACAGUCCAACACACUGCUCAACAGUCUCGAACAGUCCAACACACUGCUCAACAAUCCCAAACAGUCCAGCACCCUGCUUUACAAUCCUAAACAGUCCAGCACCCUGCUCCACAAUCCUAAACAGUCCAGCACCCUGCUCCACAAUCCUAAACAGUCCAGCACCCUGCUCCACAAUCCUAAACAGUCCAGCACACUGCUCCACAAUAGCGAACAGCCCUACUCAUCGACCCAAGAGUCCCAAUGACCCCAUCUAUCGCUUACCAAUUCUGGAUAGCACUGCACACUGCUCCACAAUGGCAAGCAACCCUACUCAUCAGUCCAAGACAAGUGAUGACCCCAUCUACCACUCAUCAAUUCCGGUUAAGUCCGCACACUGUUCCACAAAGGUGAACAGCCCCACCCAUCAAUCAAAGAGUCCGGAUAGCCCUGUCUACCAUUCCACAAUUCUAGAUGACCUUACCCACAGCCCCGCCCAUCGCUCCAAAGUUUCAUUUAGCUCCUCCUACUCCAUAAUUCCAGAUGGCCCAACACAACAUUCUGCCCCUAUGACUCAAGAGAUAAAUAUUUGUGCCCCUGCCAGCGACAGCCAUUUUAACACCAAACACAAGUGCUCAGAGGAUCCUAAUCCCCACCAGCAUGUCACCAGGGACCCGAGCAGAGGAAGCCCACAUGAGGCCCAUGAUCUCAGCGGGUACAUGACCAUCCCUCAACCCAAGAGCAAGCCACGCCACAGGGUGCACUACUCCGACGUCGUGGACACCAUCACCUAUCAGAGAGAGGAGUAUGACUCGGACAGCAGCGUCUACGUCUCCGGCAAGGAGGCCCGGAGGCCGCGGCAGAGGGGUCACAAGCCCCCGCACCAGAGGGGCCAUCCCGAGAGCAGAGGGGACCCACUGAGGAGGGAGGCCCUUCUGCGCAGUCAGAGGGCCUCUGCUAAACUGCCGCUGGGCCACUACCUCGGCGGCAAGACAGUAGUGAGGACCAGGGCCCCGGUGACCUCGGGGCUCGAGAUCGACGUGGAGUACGGGACAGAGGACGAUGAGGGCCUCCCUUAUGACCCCGCUGGCGUGGUGGUGGAGCAGAUGAGCUCAGAGUGGUGGGUGGAAGGUGGGAGCCCCAAUGUUUUUGAGGCUCUCCAGCCCAAAAUACAACCCAGGGCCUUGCCUUUUAAGACAGAGGCAGCUAAUCUCCCGCCUAGCCACAGCAGCAGAGGGGUUGGCCCUGGGACAGAGGGGAGGGGUCAAACUGGAGUGGGGGAUUUAGGAGUUUGCAGACUGGACUACCUCACCCCUUCACCACGUGCCAAAAUUUAUUGGAAGGAGAGGAGCUACAGCACUGACCGUGGAAGCACAAGGGAGAUCCUCAGCCACCGAGGCCCACAACUGACCAGCAAACCAGGAAAGACAGCCCGAGCGGAAGCAAGGCAGCUCAAAGACGGAGUGAGGCUGGCCAGCCCCGAGCGUGUGGACCCCGAGGGCCCGGCGUGCGAGGGCCAGGCGCGCCUCUUCGUGGCGCUGUUCUCGUAUGACCCCGCCCUCAUGUCUCCCAAUCCCGACACGGCUGAGGAGGAGCUGCCAUUCAAGGAGGGGCAAAUUAUUAAGGUGUAUGGCGAUAAAGACCAAGAUGGCUUCUACAGCGGGGAGUCAGCUGGGUGCUUCGGCUACGUGCCGGGCAAUAUGGUGUCAGAGAUCCAGGUGGAGGAUGAGAUGGCCAGGGCUCAGCUCCUUCAGAAGGGCUUCCUCUCUCCGGAACCUUCCGUCGAUGAUAAAGAUCCCAGCAAGCUAGCCAACCAGCCUCAGGAACCGCUCCCCCGCAGGAUGGUGGCCAUCUUUGAUUAUGACCCCCUAGAGAGUUCCCCCAAUACAGACACUGAGGCUGAGCUGUGCUUCAGUGCUGGGGAUGUGAUAGACGUGUUCGGUGACAUGGACGAGGAUGGCUUCUUUCAUGGACAUCUUAAUGGGCGUGAAGGCCUGGUGCCAUCCAACUUCCUGCAAGCCCUUCCUUUGCCUGAAGCCCAGGCGAUGGGGGGGCUGGAAAGGCCCCAACAUCAACCAGAGAUGCCCAAGCUCAAGCCACACCCCCAGAGACAAAGAAGGAAAAGUGUAUUUGCAUUCAACCCAUAAAUAACAUUUGAGGGAAGAAAUUCAUCAAAAUUUUCAAAUGACCCAAUUCCCAAUUCUUUUACCAUCAAGAUGACAGUGCCCGUGAAGGAGGAGCAGGCUGAGAGCCUGCAGGAUAAGAGCAGAAGAGGCCUGUCUCUCAGAUGAAGGCCCGUGCCCUCACCCCUCCCCGUCUCUGUCUCCAUGGGCACUCUCACACCUCUAAAGCUUCUCCCCCCAGUGGAUCCAUGCUGAGAUCCAUGCUCCAUUGCCCUGUCAGACAAUGAGGAUCUAUGGGUUCUCUGCUGCAGGACACAGGCUUUAAUGUAUGCUAGCACUGAUGCUAGUACCCCCUUUAGCUACACAGAACCACCGAGUGCUCAGAAAUCUAAACACUUUCAACAAAAAGAGUGAGGUUACAAUUUCACUGUGCUGUCACUGUGUGUGUGUGUGUGAGAGAGAGAGAGAGUGAGAAAGAGAUUUUUUGUGUUGACUGGAGACAAUGGGUGGCUGAAGACUGAGGUCAGGACGAGCAUUCCUGAUUGUUGAUGUGGACAAACUUGCCCAGAAUAGAAAUAUAGCCUCCGGGGAUGAAGGAGCUGCUUCAGAUCAUUUCAGUUUGGAUUUGGUCAUGGCCUUCAGCGUGCACUACUACCCAAAUCCUCUGUAUUGUCCAUAAACAGCAUGGAUAUUUAAAUUUUAAUCAGAAUGUACCUGUCAGAUCUGGCCCUCAUGUAUGUCUUCUGCACUUCUGUUAAAGUCAGACAGUUUGUAGUUGUUCUAGUACUUAUACUAGUACACAGUUCCAUGCAGAUUUUGUAAUUAGCCUUACAUGACCGCAGUUAGUCUUAAAUGUUUUGCCAUACACUUGUUUUAAUUGCAUGUAUUAAGUUAUCCAAAUGCUGCCUUGUUUAUUUUUUAUUUUUAGCCAUUCAUUACAGUAACAGGCAUGUUGUUUAUUUUAGUUAGGUUGGGUAAGGAAAUGUAGCCAAUUCUCAAGCACUUGUGUUAACACAAACAAUACAUGUACACUAUAGUAUCUGUGGCUGUUUUUUAUCAUGGUCACAUGUAUUCAAAUGUCGGGAAGCUGUGUUAUUGUCAGCCAUAUUCUUUUAAAGUUGAAUUUCUUCCAUGCUGUACAUAUUUGGGCCUGUUUUGGAAACUCAUUGUAAUUAUUCCUCUUUUCAAAUGUAUUAUGUUGUUUGUUUUAUUGAAUAGGAACACGUGAAUGAGAAAUAGCUGGGGAAUCUUAAGAUCAGACAUUUCAAUAAGAAAAUAACUUUUUACAGGAAUAAAGUAUAUUUU